AUGCUUGCCUCAGAGGAAUCACAGAUCCUGGUCACCCUAUACAAUGGGAUCAAGGAGCGGAUGAUGGCCAGUCCGCCGAUGAGCAUUCAAGACCAGCGAGCACUCUUGGAAUCCCUUCACGAACCUGCCUCUGAGCCGACAGAUGUCACGUACGAGGAAGUCCGCUGUCCCGGUACGCAGCGACCGGCCAUCUGGUGCAAGCCACUCGAUGCGAAUCCUUCCCAAGUGAUACUCUACCUCCAUGGCGGGGCGGGCUUUGCAGGAUCUCCAUCAAGUCAUCGUAAACUUGCCGGGCAUUUGGCGAAGGCGGCGAAAAGUCUCGCCCUAGUUAUUGAUUACCGUCUUGUACCUGAGAAUCCGUUCCCAGCCGCCCUCGACGAUGCUGUGGCGGCGUACCAAUGGCUCCUGAGCAAGGGUUUUGAUGCGAAGAACCUUGCCGUCGCGGGGGAUUCAGCGGGCGGGAACUUUGCAACAGCUUCGGUCCUCAAAUUGAAGCAGCUCGGGAUCCAACUGCCAGCGGCCGUGGUGGUGUUUUCUCCGUGGGUCGACAUGGAAACUAAGGGCGAGUCGCAGGUAUCGAACGCAGACAAGGACGCACUGUCACCUCCUGGUGUAGCGAAUAUCACCGUGUCUUUGUACCUGGGGGACAAAGUGUCGCCUAAGGAGCCUCUGGCCAACCCCCUGUAUGCAGAUUUCACCGGCAUGCCGCCUUUCCAUAUCUCCGUUGGCGGUUGGGAGCUGCUCAUGAGUGAUGGCAUCAGACUCGCUCAGAAGAUCAGGGAGGCGAAUGUUGAGGCGCAUCUCGAGGUGGCGCCAGAAAUGCAACAUGUGUACCAUUUCAUGGCGGGCCGGGCACCAGAGGCAGACCGCACCAUCUCGGAGGUGGGGGAGUUUCUCCGUUCAAAGUUUGGAAAAUAG